AUGGCGUCCCAACCUGAAGGGUCAACCCCAGCUUCUGGCAUUCCAUUCUCAGCACAGAAUAAUGUUGUCCAUGAAGAUGAUUUUCGACUCGAGGAUUAUCUUGACGAUUCAAUCUUCGGAGAUCUCGAGUUUCCUCAUCCCGGAACACUGACCUCGGAGCCAGUCUCUAGCUACGAGUAUAUGGCAAACAACGAAGCUUUAGAUUUCAACGAUCUAAAUAUGGGUGGCGAUGAACCAGCUGACAAUGAGUUCGUCGUUGAAAACCAUUCACAAGUUGCUCCAGGCUUAUCCAGGAUCGACACAUUUGAUCCCGACUUCUGGUUUGACUUUUCGACUGGCGUGGAUCUAGGGUCUCCUCUCCCUCCUGGUGUGUUUCACAAUACCCGCUCAUCCAACUAUUCUCAAACUCCUGACGAGGUUCAGUUGCAGCAACACUCCACGGAUUCCCUCGCCGGUGUCUACGGUUACUCGCAGCUACUUCAACCCGAACCAAACUCGGCUCCGCUGCAUCUCCCAGCUGACUCGUUCCCAACACUCCCGGUCGGAAGGCCCCAAUUGCCGCAGUUCAUGCAGCAAGACCUUCCAGAGCUCAACUCUACUUACAACCCCGUCACCGGAACUCUCCUGAACGCUAAUACUCUGACUCCCUCCCAGUUCUCAGUGACGGAGACCGGGUCAACCGGGUCAUCCGCGACGUUGUCAUCGCGUACCACCUAUCAACGAGGGGCUGCUGCCAGAGCCGCAAACUCCUUGCGCAUCAGACUUAUGCACCAGCGGCAAAAUCAUCAACAACGUAGAGAGAGGAUCUUGGAGGAGCGACGGGGGACACGGGAGUCCAGACGGUUUCCCACACCAAGUCCUGCUCUCAGCCUUCCAUUCCCGCAAAAUGUGCGUGCGCGGCAACCCACUCCCGUUCGCAUAAUCCCUGCCCCUGUCAUGACCCCAGGUCCUACAACUCCAAAGGAACAUGCCCGUACAGGAGAGGUCCUGGGAAAUGUUCGUCAUGUCGAACAGUUCUACACACACCCUCCUCAUCCUGCCCCGAGCUCAGUCAUCCACGUGCCGUUGGUGCAGAGAGGCCCAGCACCCCUGUCUACUUCACCCAUGUCUGCUGCAUCCGGCGUCGAGCAAGAAAACAGAGAUGUCAUCCUCACAAGUGACCAUGAAUCCGAUAGUUCACCUCGGCCACGGACAUCUCGCCCUCGGGCGCAUUCCUCCCCACCUCACUCUGAAUCUGCACCCGCCGUGGGCCAGGAUGGCGUCGAUGUUGUCGUUGUAAAUGGCAGCGAUUUCGAUUCCAAUCCACAACCACUGCGACGCUCAGACCGUAUUCGAAACAGAAGAGCUAAUCGCCAGUAA